CUCAGCAAUGCCGCUUCUUUUCUUAUUCUUCAGUUUAACCCUCGCCCACAACAAUUCCUCCCAACGAAUGGUAAGAAAGUUGGCGAAGAACAAUGAAUCUAUGUUGUGGCGCGAUGUAACGUUAGAAUGGGAGAAUCGUGGACAGGUAGUAAUGGACAAUGGGUUAGUUCGAAUCACUUUAUCCAGCCCAGAAGGCAACGUUGUUGCCCUAAAAUACAAUGCUAUUGAUAACCUACUUGAAAUUCGCAACCCACAAUAUAACAGAGGAUAUUGGGACGUGGUUUGGAACCGCCCAAAUAGAGGUAGUGCCACUGACAGAGUAAGGGCGACGAAUUUCAAAGUGAUUACGGCCACCGCCGACCAAAUAGAGCUUUCAUUCACCAAAACAUGGAAUCCUAAUUCCCACUCUUCCUGCCCUUUGAACAUAGACAAAAGGUAUAUUCUCCGACGGGGCGAUUCUGGGUUCUAUGCAUAUGCCAUAUUUGAACGCUUGGAUGGAUGGCCUCGAAUUGAAGUUGAUCAGAUUCGAAUUGUCUUCAAAAUUCUAGGGAAAAAAUUUCAUUACAUGGUGGUAUCGGACGACAGACGGAGGAUCAUGCCAACGGCAAGGGACCGUGAGACCGGGCAUCCUCUGGCUUAUCGGGAGGCGGUUCUCUUAACCCAACCCAUCAAUUCUAACCUUAAAGGGGAGGUGGACGAUAAGUACCAGUACUCCCUAGAGAAUAUGGAGAAUAAGGUUCAUGGAUGGGAGUCGAUGAACCCACACGUGGGGUUCUGGAUGAUCACGCCCAGUGAUGAGUUCCGCACGGCGGGGCCCGUCAAGCAAGAUCUUACUUCCCACGUUGGCCCCACCACCCUCUCCAUGAGGAUAGAGACAAGUAAGUGGCCAUACAGCUUUGUUGGAUCCACAGAUUUUCCAUCCUCAAACCAAAGAGGAACCGUAAGCGGUCGGUUAUUAGUCCGAGAUAGACAUGCUAAGAAGUGGUUGAUGUGGGGCGAUUCUGCGUAUGUUGGCCUUGCAGCUCCCGGGGAAUUGGGGUCUUGGCAAACAGAAAGCAAGGGAUAUCAAUUUUGGACACGGGCAGAUGGGCAAGGAUAUUUCUCAAUUAACAACAUAAGGCCUGGAAACUACAAUCUAUACGCAUGGGUACCUGGUGUCAUCGGUGAUUACAAGUACGCUAAUGACAUCACUGUCACGUUGGGGAGUACCACCCGCCUCGGCUUACUGAUAUACGACCCUCCAAGACAAGGCCCAACUCUGUGGGAGAUUGGCGUCCCAGACCGGACAGCCGCCGAGUUCUAUAUACCGGAUCCCCAGCCCACCCUCAUGAAUCGCUUUUACAACAAUUCUGAUAUCCAUUCCCCAGAUAAGUUUCGACAGUACGGUCUUUGGGAGCGCUACGCCGAAUUGUUUCCCCAUCAAGAUCUAGUCUACAACGUCGCCACCGAUGACUACCGCCGACAUUGGUUCUUCGCCCAUGUCACCAGAGCCACCCGUUUCGGUACCUACCAAGCAACCACGUGGCAGAUUGUGUUUCGUCUUCAAGGGCCCAAACAGAGCGGGAACUAUAUGCUUCGGUUGGCCUUGGCUUCCACUACCGAGGCGGUGGUCGAAAUCCGGUUCAACAACCCGUUGGCCAGACGGGCUCAUUUCUCGACAGGAUAUUGGGCCUCAGGAAGAGAUAACGCCAUUGCUAGACAUGGGAUUCAUGGGCUUUAUUGGUUAUUCAACUUCAAGGUUCCAAGUGGAUAUUUGGUCGAGGAUGAAAACAUUAUCUAUCUUACACAGAGACGACAUAUGGGUCCCUUUCAAGGAGUGAUGUACGAUUACAUACGGUUCGAAGGCGUACAAUAAAAAAAGCAAAUACUUACACAAUUAGGCACUAAUCUUGUAAUUUGGGCUAGUUUUGAUUUAGUUAACAGAUUUUUUUAUUACGAGGCAUUCAUUUGAUUAAUGAUUAUUAAAGAGCCA